UAAACAAGAGGAAGUCUAGACUUCCAGCUGGAGCUUGUUUUCUGGGGGGCUGCAAGACUCCCAGAGGGGUAUCUCCCCACCCAAAAAAGGCCAACCUUGAACCCUCUGACCCUCACCUUCUCAGCCUUGGGAGAGCGAAGAGGCGUCAUCCAAAGAAGGGGAACACCUUGGACAUUUCUCUCCUGCCAGGCUUUUGAGGACCGUUCAGUUCUUCACACCCCUCCUGUGGCUUCUUCCCCUUGUGCAACCCCACCACAAUGGUGAGGCUGUCCAAACCCAAAACCUUCCAAGCCUAUCUGGACAACUGCCACCGACGCUACAGCUGUGUGCACUGCAGGGCCCACCUGGCCAACCACGACGAUCUCAUCUCCAAGUCUUUUCAAGGAAGUCAAGGCCGGGCAUAUUUAUUCAACUCUGUAGUGAAUGUUGGAUGCGGCCCAGCAGAAGAACGGGUUCUGCUGACAGGUCUCCAUGCUGUGGCCGAUAUAUACUGUGAAAACUGCAAGACCACGCUGGGAUGGAAAUACGAGCAAGCUUUUGAGACCAGCCAGAAAUACAAGGAGGGAAAAUACAUCAUUGAACUCAACCACAUGAUCAAGGAUAAUGGCUGGGAUUGAAACAAACAAAACGGAAUCCCACCACCUUUGGACAACUACAUGUAGGGUGGAGCAUAAGAAAGGACAAUUUACACCAAACCUGCCUCUGCCUUUCCAACCAAUGGGCUGCCAUCCAAAUCACCUCUAGAUGCUGCUUCUGAGUUGUGAAGGAGGAGGCGGGCCUUCUGCCGGGCGGCAACACUCCUGGCUCAGAGAUGCCACGGCGGCCGCGUGGCCGUGCACCAGGAGACACCUAGGCCAGGGGCAGCGUGCAAGCGGGAUUGCGGGGAGGGGGGCACAGUGUGGGGGGUGUUGUACAGAGAGAGGAGCCUGCAUUGACACAAGAAAUAUCAGAGGGCAAAUGUACAGUGGAAAAGGGGGGGAAGGGGUUGAGUUGUACAGUAUUUGUGAGUUUGUGUGAGUAAAUGUAUUAUAUAAAUAAAAGCAUUGAAGUGA